CUUGGUUUCCAUGUCCAUAUUUGAAUAUGUUACCGAUGUAAACCUACACAGAAAUUUUGAGAAUCUCAUGUCUUCAUUACGGUCUACAAAUGCAUCCAGCAAGCGGUACACAAAACCUGCCAAUGAUGACAGCGAAGUCCUGGGUCAGUGGGGCAGAGCUUGGGAAGUGGAUUGGUUUUCCCUGGCUAGCAUCCUCUUUCUUUUGGCGUUUGCUCCAUUUAUUGUGUUUUAUUUUGUGAUGUCAUGUGACCAGUAUCAGUGUGCUUUGACUGGACCUUUGCUUGAUGUUUAUACUGGAAAAUCUAGCCUCCUUGAUAUAUGGAACCGAGCCCCAUCUUUCAGCUUGAGUGCUGCCACCAUCUAUGCCAUUUGGGUCAUAUUUCAGGUGAGUGUUAUGGUUGUUUAUAUUGUUGAUGAUAUAGAAGUGAUGGAAGUGGAUUGGUUUUCCCUGGCUAGCAUCCUCUUUCUUUUGGCGUUUGCUCCAUUUAUUGUGUUUUAUUUUGUGAUGUCAUGUGACCAGUAUCAGUGUGCUUUGACUGGACCUUUGCUUGAUGUUUAUACUGGAAAAUCUAGCCUCCUUGAUAUAUGGAACCGAGCCCCAUCUUUCAGCUUGAGUGCUGCCACCAUCUAUGCCAUUUGGGUCAUAUUUCAGGUUCUUCUGUAUGUGUUUGUGCCAGAUGUUUGCCACAAGUUCUUACCCGGCUAUGCAGGAGGAGUACAAGAAGGAGCCCAUACACCGGCGGGUACAGUUAACAAGUACCAAGUUAAUGGACUUCAGGCUUGGAUCAUCACCCAUGGGAUUUGGCUGGCCAAUGCUAACUAUUUCCACUGGUUCUCUCCCACUGUAAUUUUUGAUAAUUGGAUACCUCUGCUGUGGUGUGCUAAUAUCCUGGGAUACUCAGUUUCGAUCUUUGCGAUGGUCAAGGCUUAUCUCUUUCCUAGUAGUGCAAAGGACUGCAAGUUUACUGGCAAUUUCUUCUACGACUUCAUGAUGGGAAUUGAAUUUAACCCCCGAAUUGGAAAGUGGUUUGACUUCAAACUUUUCUUCAACGGCCGCCCUGGUAUCAUAGCCUGGACUCUUAUUAACUUGUCUUGCGCUGCAAAACAGAAGGAGGUCUAUGGCUAUGUGACUAACUCCAUGAUUCUUGUAAAUGUCCUGCAGGCCAUGUACGUGUUGGACUUUUUCUGGAAUGAAGCAUGGUACUUGAAAACCAUUGAUAUAUGUCACGAUCAUUUUGGCUGGUACCUCGGUUGGGGCGACUGUGUCUGGCUGCCUUAUCUUUACACCUUGCAGGGACUGUAUUUAGUGUACAACCCAGUACAGCUGUCCACAGCUGGUUCCAUUGCAAUCCUUCUCUUUGGCCUCACUGGCUACUACAUAUUCAGAAUGACCAAUCACCAGAAGGACCUCUUUCGAAGAACUGAUGGCAACUGCAGGAUCUGGGGUAAAAAGCCUACCUACAUUGAAUGUAGUUACACUUCUGUGGAUGGGAAGAAGCACCAUAGCAAGCUGCUUACAUCUGGAUUCUGGGGCCUCGCACGUCACUUCAACUAUACCGGAGACCUGAUGGGCUCCCUGUCCUACUGUCUGACAUGUGGCUUUCAGCACAUACUUCCUUAUUUCUAUAUUGUAUACAUGACCAUCUUACUGGUGCAUCGAUGCAUCAGGGAUGAACAUCGCUGCCGUAGCAAGUAUGGCAAGGAGUGGAAACGGUACACAGAUGCUGUACCUUACCGAAUACUACCAGCAAUUUUUUAAUAAAGAUUUUAAUUUAAAUAAA